AUGGAUGAAGAUAAAGUGGGUGUGGAAGCUUUGCUUGAAUAUGUAAAGCGCCUGGAAGGAAGGCUAGAGGCGAUGGAAGAGGAGCUACUACAAGAAGAAACAAUCAAGAAUAAUGGUCCGUUCGGAAGGAAGAUGACACUUAUUGAUUUAAGUGGUGAUAACGGUAUUGAACGAGGAGGUGCACGGCGUGCACAGAGUGGAAAUGGACAGCAGAAACGAGUCCAAGGAAUGGCAGGUGGUUCUGCUCCACAAGGAAACCCUGCAGGAAAUCAGAUGCGUAUGGGUGGGAACAUAAAAAUCCCAAAAUUAACCAUACAGAUCUUUACCGGUGCAGAAAUCUAUCCCGAACGUUUGAAGGUGAACAAGCUUGGUCAACAUUUAGAAGAAGUGGCAGCAGAUUAUGUUCAGGCAAAUAUGGCAAGUUUCGCAAGAAUUGUAUUUCGUUUUGGACCAAAUGCUUAA